UAGUCUAUCGCGUCUGGCCUUCACCUUAUCUUUAUCAAACAUCGAUUUACAUUUUACACAGCAAACAAUAUGACUACCGCACAUAGACCAACCUUCGACCCAGCAGUGGGAAAAGAAGCACAACGAGGCCCGGCUUAUCAUCAAAGAUUACUUCCAGCUCACACACAACUUAAAUUCCGAAAGCCAGGACAGGGAGGCGAUGCAGCAGCCGAAGUCAGAGACCUUCGAGCAGAAUUGCUACAAGCAGAAGCAGCACAUUUCGCCAAAAAGAAUGGAGGAUCAAGCGCUGCGAUCGAAGAUGUACAGUCGUCUACAAGCACAGCCAAAAGACAACUCGAAAAUGGUUCCGCGGAGGAUGAUGAAGACUCAGAAGCAAAAAGGCGGCGCAUUCUAGAAGAAACUCGAGAUAUAGACGCCGACUCGGACGAUGCUGGAGAGAGUGAUAGUAGUGAUGAUGACAGUGAUGACGACGAAGACGAGACUGCGGAGCUUCAACGGGAACUUGAAAAGAUUAAGCGCGAGCGUGCCGAGAAACGAGAACAAGAGGAACGAGAAAGACUAGCGGCUGAAGAAGCGGAGCGAGAGCAUGAUAUCGCUCUUGGCAACCCAUUGCUAAAUGCCAAAUCAGACUUCAAUGUUAAAAGGCGAUGGGACGACGAUGUUAUUUUCAAAAAUCAAGCUCGUGGAACCGAAGAUAAAGGCAAAAAAGAAUUCGUCAAUGACUUGCUACGUUCCGAUUUCCACAAGAAGUUUAUGAGCAAAUACGUGAGAUGAUUGUGUCAUGGUGCAUCACAAUGCAGGAGUGCAAUUUGGUAAUCGAUUCUUCCGGACGAGACUCGGAUAUGUACUAUAGAGGGCGAAGGGGUUUGGCGUCAUGGUUGCAUGGAGUAAGGUCGAAUGUUCUAGUAGUAUUGCCAGUACAUGGACGAAAUUUGAUCUUGAUCAGCCUCUCCUCUGAUCAACACUCAAAACACAACUGACAAGAUUCUUUCAACUAUUGGGUCUUUUCACACAAUUCAUGGAUGCGGUAACAUGCCACUAGUUGCGGAUGCAGCGAGCAGAAAAGCUUGUUUUUAAGUGACAUGUUGGAGAUAUGUGGCUGUUUAAGUGGGAUUUACCCCGCAUUUUUAUAUUCGCAUUCCACACAUGUUGUUCUUUUAAGUUGUUUCAUUGGCCAGACCAAGUUCUUCUCUUUUAUUACAAGCACCGCCACAGACGUAACCUGUUUUGAUCCCGUUCGAAAAUGAUGAUGCAUUCUCCGA